UGAUGGAAGACUUGUUACAAAGUAGAAUCCGAAGUCGUAAUACUUAUUCUCUUCAUACAAAAUAUUAAUCACUCUGUCAUUAAUAAGGAGGUUAGAAUAGAUUACAAAUACUAUCUCAUAGCUUAUAAAAAUAAUAAUAAAGUCAAAAAUUAAAUCAAUUAACUUUACAACGAACUGAGUCUCGUUUCUAGAUUAUUUAACCAAAGCAUAUUGGGGUAAUCUCCAACUCAAUUAAAUCAAUCAACACUGGUUGUUCCCCAUAAAAGAUUUUUGAAUCACCAUUAAAAGGAAGGCUUAAAUAGAGUCGCAUCCUCAAAACUUCACUUCAUAAUUCUCGUAUUAGUCCUGAAAACAGAAUAAUUUUUAAAUAGUGUUUGAAUAAAAUUGAUAAAUCUAUUCAAUAUGUCCAGGAUAGAUAUAAUCAAUUAAAUGGAAUUAAUUCAAAUAGUUAUUAAAAGAUGUGUGAUAUGAUUAAUAAAACUGAAUAUUUGAGCACAGAAUCAAAUUAAAACAUUGAGCUUCCAAUUAUCUAAUUAAUUAAGCCAGAAUCUAUUGAAAACAACGAUUAUAAUACUAAUCUUGUGUAAAAAUUGGCAACCUAAAAUAUAUUAUGGAGUGAAUCCAAAAAAAAAUAAAGAUCGAAACUUGAAUAAAGUGUGUAUUAUAAGACAAACAAAUGGUAAAAAGCAAAAUUCUUAAUAUUAUAAAACUUUUCAUCUCGCCAUAAUAAUACUCUGUAUUCUAAAAAAUAUUUGAUUACUUAAUUAAAAAUUCCAUAUUUAAGACACAAUUCAAAAUAAAUGUUUAUGGCUUUAAAAUAGAAAAAUUAUCAAUAAUUAUUAAAGCAUUUGUCUUAUAAUAAAUCAUUUAUUCAUGAAGUUGAUAAUUCUUUGAUGACUCCUUUGCAUAUAUCUUGUUAACAAGGUCUAUAUGAUAUUACAAAAAUGCUUCUUAGGUUUAAGUCUGAUGUGAAUGCUUUAGACAAGAAUAAAAAAACUCCACUUUACUAUGCACUAUUUAAUGGUCAUACAGAAGUAGUAAAAGUAAUAUUUAUUGUUAAUGCAAAAGAUGCUCCUUAUUCAUGAUGCAUUUCCUUAUUCAGAUUCUAAUUGCAAUUAUACUCAAUUCUUUCCUAAUAAAACAAUGAAAUAAUUAUUUAGAGUUGCUAAAAGAGUAAUAAUAGUUAUUAUUAAAUUUAGAUAUUUACACUCAUGCUAAUUUGCCCAAAGAACAAGAGAAAUAUAAUGAAAGAAUAUUUAGAAAUUAAUUUUUUGAAUGAAUAUUCUCUCCCUAAGAACUUACUUGCUUGA